CGUUGGGCGCGCAAGCGGGAGGAAACCUGGCCGGCUUGUAAUGGCAAUAGUGGCGUCUGCCUUUGGUUACGGGCGGCUUCUUUCUCGAGCAGCAUUUCUGUUGAGGUCUACAGUUCGAAGUCUGAGUGCACAAAACCCUUCAGAAGUUCAAGGGCUAGUUCCAAAAACAUCUUUGUCAUCACCUCCAUGGCCUGAAAUCAAGCUACCAGAUCCGGCAGAAGAGGCAGAACAUCACAGAGAGAUUGUACAAAACGUGAAUGAGUUAAUUGCCACUGGGCAAUAUGGAAGACUGUUUGCAGUUGUUCACUUUGCCAGCAGACAGUGGAAAAUAACCAGUAAAGACUUGAUUUUAAUUGAAAACCACAUACCUGCUGAAUGUGGAGACAGAAUCAGAAUGGAAAAGGUACUGUUGGUGGGAGCUGAUAACUUCACACUGCUGGGAAAGCCUCUCCUGGGAAAGGACUUAGUCCGCGUGGAGGCCACUGUUAUAGAAAAGACUGAAUCUUGGCCAAGAGUUAAUGUGAAGUUCCGUCGAAGAAAGAGUUAUGAGACGAGACAAAUUGUCGUUCAGCCGCAAACUGUUCUCCGGAUAAACUCCAUUGAAAUUGCCCCUGUUCUGUCAUGAUGGAUUGGUUGUAAGAUCUUGGGAGCAUUAAAAAAAAAUAGAAAAUGUUCAUAUUGCAUUUGAUUAUUCUCAGU